AUGGACUUUGUAUGUGGAUGGCUCUUCCAACGCCCAGGGAUGCGGAGCUGGCCUUGUCCUCAUCUCUCCAGACAAGGUUGUCCUGGAGUACGCCCUUCGCUUCCAAUUCCCACGCCUCCCAACAAUGAGGCCGAAUACGAAGCACUCUUAGCUGGCCUCCGGUUAGCCAAAGAGAUGGGCGCUAGGCAAAUUCAGAUUUUCAGCGACUCACAGCUCGUUGUACACCAGUCAACCAGGACUUCACUGCCAAGGACGUGUCCAUGA